AUGAAAAAUUGGUUUUCAAAACAACAAUCAAAUUUCAUUCAUUGCGCGGCGAGUCGUAAAUUCUUUUUAGAAAGGCGAGAAAAGAAAAGUAAAGAGCCACAACCAGCAAAAACAGAGAGAGAUAAGAAGAACUGGUUAAAAGUUGCAGUGAAAGAAAAAUCCAAUGACAAAACUAAAUCUCAUAACGAAGCAUAA